AUGACGACAAGGGGAGGAGAUUGCUUGAAAUGGACUGAAUUUUGGCGGAGAAAGAAACAUACUGAUGCAAGAACACUCAACGAGGCCACAUAUUUUGUCAGUAAUGUCUUGGGCGAUGUUAACAGGUGGAUCAACAGUUUGGAAACAUCUCGGCCUAAUUCCCUUCCUCAAUUCAACGUCGGGGGAUCUACACUCAAAAGACACAGAACAGAUGAUCUGGCUUCUCGCUUUUUCAUAAAUCAUAUCCGUCCUAUGGCUAAUCUUGACUUUCAUGAUGUCGAAUAUGGAACAUCUGUACCCCCUUCCAACAGAAGCACUGCUCCGUUGGACAUAAUUGAAGACGUAUCCUUAAUAGAUCUUAAUCGAGGGUUCAGGGAGAACUCAAGGAAUGCAUCAGAAGCGGAACUUAAUGAUUGUAUAUCCUCUUUGCUGGAGGCAAAGAAUAUGGCUAAUGUUGCUGCCACCUUAUCUUCUCCAACCCCAGCUGUCACCUCCUCGCCACCACUGAAGGAUCAUCGGAGCAGCCGCCUUGUUCCGUCGCCGGCGAAGACGAAGUGGCACGAAAAGAUCGGGAAAACAUGGUUCGUGGAUUCUAUUGCGGUUCGUGGGUGGGUCGCACGCUCUCUCUCUUCAUGUCUCUUCUGUUGUUUCCUCAUCUUACGCCACCGCCGUCAUGUUGUUGUCGCCUCCGACCGUUGCUCGUCGCCGAGAAAAGAUGGUUGGGGUUUCGUUUCUUUGUUCAAUGUUGACUGUCGACUCGCAUAUGUUCAUGGCUGGGUUGUGUGGGUCGUUUCAUGUAUAAGAAGAGGGCAUCGGGAAGGAAGAAUGAGAACAAAAUGGAACAAGAGGGCGACGUUUGCUAAUGUGAGUUUUGAGUGGCAACUGUUGAUCGGUGGAGAGACGUAG